AACUUUUCAAAAUACGUUUAUAUAUAAACCAAACCAAAAAUCAGCUGAUCAUAUUCGGCCAGUUUGUUAUAUCAACUAGAAAUGCACGUUUCAUUUCUGCUUGUGCUGCUCUGUUGCACUGGAGUUUUUAUCAACGCCCAAAUCGAUCCGAACCAGUGGCCAAAUCGGAGUGGAAUCGUUCAGCUGUUCGAAUGGAAGUGGACUGACAUAGCGGCUGAAUGUGAACGUUUCCUAGCGGCGAAAGGCUACGGGGGAGUGCAAAUAUCUCCACCAGCAGAAAAUACCGUUAUGAUGGCACCGUUUCGUCCCUGGUGGGAGCGAUAUCAACCAAUCUCGUACUAUCUGAACAGCAGGUCCGGAACCGAGGCGGAGUUUGUGGAGAUGGUUCGACGGUGUAAUGUUGUGGGCGUACGAAUCUAUGCCGAUGUUGUGCUCAAUCAUAUGAGUUCUUUUACCCAGUACGGAGGGACCGGGGGAUCCACUGCGGACAGUGUUAGACUUAGCUAUCCGGCUGUUCCCUAUAAUAUGUCGGACUUCAACGAGAACUGUUUGAUAACUGAGAGUAGUAAUCCAAUUGAGCGAAGAUCUUGUCGACUUGAAGGAUCUCCAGAUUUAAAUCAGCGUUCGGAAUGGGUUCGCGAUAGAAUUGUGAACUUUUUGAACAAACUGAUUACCUAUGGAGUUGCCGGAUUCACCAUCGAUGCAGCGAAAUACAUGUGGGCGGAGGAUCUUCAGAUUAUCUACGGCAGACUUUCAAACCUCUCCGAGGAGCACGGUUUUGAGCCAGGUAGCAGACCAUUCAUCAUUCAGUCGGUAGUUGACAUGGGCGAAGAUGGUAUCUCCAAAUAUGAAUAUCGUCCGCAUGGAAUGGUCACCGAACUUGGUCACUCCCAUGCUUUAGGAUAUUAUUUCUCUGGUCAAAAACGGUUGUCCGACCUGAAGCACUGGGGAAGAAAUUGGUCGUUCCUGGCCUCAGAACGUGCCAUUGUGUUUGUUGAUGACCACUUGACACAGCGAAAUCUAGGUUCGAAAAAGGGGCACGUUUUGACUUUUAAAGAUAAAAAGCAUUACAUAAUGGCCUCCGCUUUCAUGUUGGCUUUCCCGUAUGGUACACCACGAGUGAUGAGCUCAUAUGAAUUCGGUAAUAUCGACCAGGGACCACCAGCUGACGCGUUCGGUAACGUUAUCUCACCAUCGAUCGGAGUAGAUGGAACGUGCCAAAAUGGUUGGAUCUGUGAACAUCGUUGGAACGGAGUAGCCAAUAUGAUUGGCUUCCGCAAUGCUGUUAUCGGAACAGAGCUCACUAACUGGUUCGAUAAUGGUGGCUAUCAGAUUGGGUUCUGCAGAGGAAAUCGGGGAUUUAUUGCGUUCAACCUAGAAGGGACGGAUUUGAACCGGACGAUUCAAACUUGCUUACCAAUGGGAAGGUAUUGUGACGUAAUCUCCGGAACUGUAGACAGUGGCGUUUGUACCGGAGCAGUGGUUGAUGUUGGUUCUGACGGAACGGCGAGUGUCUAUAUCAGUGCUUUUCGCGGGAGCGGUGCGUUAGCUAUUCAUGUGAACUCAAAAAUUUAGUAGCUAGAAGAAUAUAUUGUUUCAUGAAGUGACAAUUUCUUAAUUGAAAUGGACAAUGAAUGCUUGCGAACCGAAACCGAGCUCUAUCACACGGAAUUGAGGACGUAAUUUAGGAAUGAUUUUGGAACUGACGCAAUUAUCUAGGAAUUUUCAGUGGAUGACCAUAAAGAUUAAAUUUGUAAAUAAAGAAUAUCACGCUUACGGCUAGAUUACGUGAUUA